AUGAACAGUGCCACGAAGAGCACGGAUAGCAACAAGCUCCUUCCUCUCCGGCCACCUCAGCCUUCGGCAGAACAGAUCGAGAAGGCUGUCGAAGCCUGCCUCAGAGUCCAGUAUCUCGGAGUAGAGAUGGGUAAGCAGCCCUUUGCUGCUGUUCUUGUAGGCCCGGAUAACGAAACUAUGCUGCUCUCUCACAGCAACCUGGACCAUGUCAACCAUGCAGAGUCUAGUCUGGCAAGGCUGGCAGCAAGUCACUACACGCAAGCUUUCUUGUGGACAUGCACGCUGUAUAGUACUUGGGAGCCUUGUGCGAUGUGUACUGCGACGUGCUAUUGGGCGAACAUUGGUCGGAUUGUGUAUGCUGCUUCCGAAGAACAAUUAAUGCCGUUGACUGGAGAGGGCAAUGAGAGCAACAUGACUAUGGCUAUGCCAUGUCGCAAGGUCCUGGAAGGCAGCCAGAAGGAAGUCGAGAUUGUUGGUCCGAUAGAGGGCCUUGACAGGGUAGUCAUUGAGGCGAGUGAUAUCUACUGGCGACCUCUUAGAGUAAUGCAGAAAGUAUAG